CACUGCAUUUACCCCCACCCCACCACUAUCUUCUUCCUUCUUCUUCAUUUUCUUCUCUUUCUUCUUCUUCUUCGAUUCGUUCUCUCCUCCGUCUUUCUUUCUUCUUACCCUUUUUGCUAAUUGGUAGUUCCAUUCAUCUUUAUGAGUCAAUGGAAGCAUCUGGACUUUCAUUUGAAGGCCUCGAAGAUGUCGAAGAUUUCACCCGACAGGUAGAUGAAGGGGAAUCAUCAAUGUCAUUUGAACGAUUAUGUCACGUUUCUGAUCACAUUCAAAAGGGGAACCGGGCAUUCAGAAACAAGGAUUUUGAAGAGGCAAUUCUUUGUUACUCUACAGCGCAUGCUAUCAAACCAGGGGAUCCUAUCAUUCUCAGCAAUCGAUGCAAUGCGUAUCUAAGGCUUUGCCAAUUUCUGAAAGGCAGACCUCCGUUAGCUUCUGAAUAUAGGCCUUUGCGUGGGUUAGAUCCUACUACACAUGCAGAAUUUGCACUAAUGGAUGCUGAGAAGGUGAUGAGCCUUCGCAGUAACUCAAUAAAGUCAUACAUUAUGAAAGCUAAUGCACUAAUCUUGUUAGAAAAAUAUGAACUUGCCCGUGACGUUAUUAAUUCAGGUCUUCAGCUCGAUCCUCUAAGCAAUCCGCUUAAGGUUUUAGAGAAGGAAACAGACAAUGUUUCCAGGAAGAUCCUUACGAAACCAGAGCGUACUGAUGACUUUGAUUGCACUCUUUGCCUGAAGUUAUUAUAUGAACCUGUAACUACACCUUGUGGGCAUUCUUUCUGCCGGUCAUGCCUGUUCCAGUCAAUGGAUCGAGGUAACAGGUGUCCAUUAUGCAGAACAAUUUUGUUUAUUUGUCCGAAAACAUGUUCGACCAGUGUCACACUGAACAAUAUUAUACAAAAGAUCUUCCCAGAGGAGUAUACUGAAAGGAAGUUGGAGCAUGAGAGUACGAUAUACCAUGGCGCGGAUUUCAUGCCUCUUUUUGUCAUGGAUGUAGUUCUUCCAUGCCAGAAAUUUCAGCUCAACAUAUUUGAACCUCGUUAUAGACUUCUGGUGAGGAGGAUAAUGGAAGGAAAUCGCCGAAUGGGAAUGGCAAUCCUUGAUGCAUCAACAGGUUCUAUAGCAGAUUUUGCUUGUGAAGUGGAGGUUACUGAGUGCGAGCCACUUCCUGAUGGGCGUUUCUUUCUAGAGCUUGAGAGCCGUAGAAGGUUUCUUAUCAUCCGCAAUUGGGAUCAAGAUGGAUAUCGUGUUGCUGAGGUCCAGUGGGUGCAAGAUUUAUACCCCGCAGAAGGAACAAAAGAACAGAUAGAUUUACAGGAAAUGACGAAUAAUGCUGCUGCCUUUGCUCGUUCAUGGAUGAGGACUGCACGAGAAGCAGCUCAACAGCAUCUAGAUAGAAGAAGACUUUUGGAACUAGAUAAAUUCGAAUCACUAAUGCCUACAACACGCGAUCCUGAACGCUUCAGUUUUUGGCUUGCUACUUUGACAAACCGAAGGCCAUCUGAAAGAUUGCAGCUCCUUCAAAUGAGAGAUACAUUAGAGAGGAUGAGAAGGUCACUUGUUUUCUUGAGAGCCGGCGGAGAUUGAGCCUGAACAGUGCGAUAAUAUAAGUAAAUAUUUCUACUGGCCAUACAAAAAAACCGAUACUUUCGCUUAAAUUCUUUUUUUUGGCUGGAGUAUUCAAUAUUUCAUUGUUUCAAUCAAAUAUAAUAAGUGGUGAAUGUUUUUUUUUGUAAAAUUCUUUUUUAUAAUCCUUUACUUUGGAAAU